AUGUCGCAGACCCUUGUGAAUAAAGCAGCUGCCAACGGCACCGCGUCAACUUUGCGGCUGCUAUUCGAUCGAGGUGGUGUAACUACCGGCCCGGUGUUGAGGUGCGCUGCAGGGAACAAUCCUGAAGGAGCAAAGAUGAUGAGCUUGCUCUUAGCCGAGGCCGAAAACUGGAUGAUCAUGGGAGAAAUGACAGAAAUGAUGAAAAUCGCUGCACAGUCCGCGUUUGAGGGACCGAGUAUCAUGAAGCGGUUGCUAGAACAUGCAGUGGAUCUUCUGAUCACAGAAGACGUUCUCGUGACCGCAGCAAGAAUAGGCCCUAGGAACGAAUUGUUCGAGUUGUUCUCGGGAAGAGAUUGGGAAAUGACAGAGGAAGUGCUGGAGGCAAUGAUGAGCCACCUGGCAUCGGAGAAGACGUUGCAGCUCCUACUGGACCGACUCGAAGGUUUGGAGAUCACAGGGAAAGUUCUGCUGGCAGCGGCUAGCAACCGUUCAUUUGGCGACCAAUUAGUGGGACUGCUAUUGGACAGGGUGAACCUUCUCGACAUUGUGAACCCUCUCCUAGUAGAAGCUGCAGGAAAUGACACAUUCGGCCUAGAGUUGAUUCUGCUGUUACAGCGUCGAGUUGGCAAGGUCGACGUCACUCAGGAGGUUAUGGAGAGAGCUGCUCGGAAAGGACCGAUGCGGACGAUGACCUUCAUUUCAGAUCAUACGUCUGCGCCAAUUACACAAGCCGUCGUAGUGGGGGCAUUGAUGAGCGACCGCCUAGAGAUGGUGCAGUUCUUGCUGGACAGAGCGAUCGACCUCCCUGUCACGAGAACAAUGGUCCACGCGGCAGCUCAACACAGUCGUGCCGAGUGCUUGGCUCUCAUUUGGGAAAGAGCCUGGAGAGCCGAGGUGACUGAAGAUAUCUUCAAAGACUUGGCUCAAGCAGCGGCAGAGAAUGUGGUGUGGCCUGGGAAGAAUUUGAGGUUCCUCCUCGAUGUAGUGGAGGAUAUUGUCAUUGGUCCAGAGGCCCUAAUAAGUAUAAUAAGGACAGACUUUGACUCAGUGCCGUUACUCGACUUCUUGAUCGAUCGCGGCAUCGAUUUACAAAUUACACACGACGUGCUACAAGCAGCAGCAGGGAAUUUCAGGUACCACAGGUCUUUGAUGACAUUUUUACUGGAGCGGAGCGAUAAGGCCAUGUUAAAUGACAAGCUUUUCAGGGCGGCGGCCGGUUCUGGACGUGUGUGGGUCCUCCAAGUGCUUUCGUGA